UCGUCCAUCAGGGAGACCAGCCUCCUCCCUUCCCAAGGCGGGACACUUACCACAUCCAACCGCUCCUGCUAGUCAUAGGUAGACCCAACGCAAACAGCCUCCUACAGAACGUUACAAACUCACUGCCCGCACACUCGCGCCACCCACAAGCAAGCGUAAUCAAUCACAGGUUUCAAAUGCCCCUCGCGCCUAAGCCACGUUCUAAUUCAUCACACUUCACAAUCACUGCGCGCGGUCCCAUACGGGUAUACAGCCCGACCACUAUUUCAAACGGUCUCAAAAACGUUUCACAAACUAAUUUCCUCACUCAGGACACAGUCGGUGUAACACACACAUCCUCUCCCUGCCUAUCAAAUUCGUCCUUGGCCACGCGCAUCUUCGGACUCAGAAAACACAGUUCACAUUGCCACCUUACAAACGAAGGCCGGAUCCCUCCGCAUCGAAUAACAAUUAUCAAACUACAGCACGUGCGCGUCCACCUUGAGGGAGUAGGGACAGCUACGGUGCCAGGCUUGAAAUCCGCCCUCAGAGAAAUCCGAGGUCCCCAAAUCGGACCCAAAUUUCGGGUCUGAGCCUUGGAAGGGGAGAGGUUGUAGAGUCACUCCAAGCUCGGAGUGAAACUGCGCAGGUGCAUCCCGAAAUGCAGCGGAGGAUUUACCUCUUUCAGCUCACGCGUGCUUUCCUUUCGGACUACGUUUCCCAGAGGACACAGCGGUUCAAAGCUAGUUCCGGUAGAAACGUUGGCGGAGUGGUCGGCUGCUGAGACUGGUGAGAGCUUUUUACCCAACCAGCAGAGCGUGCAAGACUAGGUGUGCGGUCUCUCGUGGAAUGCGAAUCAGAAUUUGGACCAGAGCCCUUCCUGAGGAUGCUGAAGCAAUAUUUUUCUUUGCGCUGAGAGUUUCUUCUAAAGUGGAACUAAGAAGAGGACUAAUACAUCGAAUUCUUAAAAACAUGGCCCAUGGGUUGGUGAUGUUCAAAGAUGUAGCUAUAGAUGUCUCUCAGGAGGAAUGGGAAUGCCUGAACCCCACGCAGAGGAAUUUGUACAAAGAUGUGAUGUUGGAGAACUAUAGCAACUUGGUUUCACUGGGACUUUCUAUAUCUAAGCCGGCUGUGAUCUCUUCAUUAGAGCAAGGGAAGGAACCCUGGAUGGUUGUGAGGGAAAUGACAGGAAGACGGUGCCCAGAUUUGGUGUCCAGGUGUGAGACCAAGAAGUUAUCUCCAAAAAGAGACAUUUAUGAGACAGAGCCAUCCCAAUGGGCUGUCAUGGAACAAUUUAAAAGUCACAUCCCUGAGAAGUCCAUUUUCAGAGAUAUUUGGGAAUGCAGUAGUCACUUUGAGACACAACCGGAACAGGAGGGCUAUUUCAGGCAAUUCGUUAUCAACCAUGAACCCAUGCCUAUAUUUAACCAACAUACUUUACUCACUCAGGAAUUUUAUAAUAGAGAGAAGAUUUUUGAAUGUAAAGAAUGUAGAAAAAACUUCAGUUACCAUUUAUUUUUUAGUCAUCACAAAAGAACUCAUUCUGAAGAAAAACUUUCUGAAUGUAAGGAAUGUGCAGAAACUAUUAAUACAUUGUAUCUUACUAAACAGAGAAUUCAAAAUGGUAGCAAGGGCAAUGAAUGUAAGGAAUGUUGGAGGGCUUUUCUUCAUUGUUCACAACUUAAACAACACCUGAGAAUCCAUAAUGGUGAAAAACACUAUGAAUGUAAAGAAUGUGGAAAGGCCUUUAAUUAUGGCUCAGAACUUAUUCUGCAUCAGAGAAUUCACACUGGUGAAAAACCCUAUGAAUGUAAGGAAUGUGGGAAGGCCUUUAGGCAGCGAUCACAGCUUACUCAACAUCAGAGACUUCAUACUGGUGAAAAACCUUAUGAAUGUAAACAAUGUGGAAAGGCUUUUAUUCGUGGCUUUCAACUUACUGAACAUCUUCGACUCCAUACUGGUGAGAAACCCUAUGAAUGUAAAGAAUGUGGGAAGACUUUUAGGCAUCGCUCACACCUUACCAUACAUCAGAGAAUUCAUACUGGUGAGAAACCCUACGAAUGUAGAGAAUGUGGAAAGGCCUUUAGCUAUCACUCAAGCUUCUCUCACCAUCAGAAAAUUCAUUCUGGCAAAAAACCUUAUGAAUGUAGUGAAUGUGGGAAGGCCUUUUGUGAUGGCUUACAACUUAGUCUACAUCAGAGGAUUCAUACUGGUGAGAAACCCUAUGAGUGCAAGGAAUGUGGGAAGUCUUUUAGACAGUGCUCACACCUCAAAAGACAUCAGAGAAUUCAUACAGGUGAGAAACCUCAUGAAUGUAUGAUAUGUGGUAAGGCCUUUAGACUUCAUUCACACCUUAUUCAACAUCAGAGAAUACAUACUGGUGAAAAGCCCUAUGAAUGUAAGGAAUGUGGGAAGGCCUUUAGCUAUCAUUCAAGCUUCUCACACCAUCAGAGAAUUCAUUCUGGGAAGAAACCUUAUGAGUGUGGAAAGGCCUUUAAUCAUGGCUUGCAAUUUAAUCUACAUCAGGGACUUCAUACUGUUGAGAUGCCAGUAAGGUUUCCUCUCCUUUCUCCCCAUCCUAGUCUAGCAUCAUGAUAUCAUUUUUAGAAAUAUUGGUUUUCCUUUAAUGUAAAAGUUGGUAAAAUAACUGAAUUUAUUAGUAUUGAUUUAUUUCAGUAAUCCUUGGGAAAAAACUUCAAGUGGAAAAAUGAAAAAGUAAUUAACAGGUAAAAAUUCUUAAUUGUUCUGGUUCAAUUGCUGUUUCUGGGUUGUUAUAACACCCAGUAUUGGAGAUCAUUUUAUAAAGUAGUGUUUUUACUGAAACUAGUGAAAUGUGGCAGAAAUAAAAUCAAAACAGUUUCUUCUCAUUUCACAAAUCCCUGAGAUAGCUAGUAUGGGUGUGUAGCUCUUUCCUGCUCAAGCAUACCUGCAAGGAUGAAGGGUUUAUUGGAUGUCAGUGGAAGGUUAUACCACCUAGAAUGUUAUAUUUCAUGGCACUUUCUUUUUGCACAAAUAAUUGCAAACAUUUUCUCAGGUGAAUACAUAAUAGAUCUAACUCACUGUUUUUAAAGCUUCAGAAUAUUUCUAGUAUGGAAUAUAUAUCUGUAUUUUAAGCCAUUUCCUGCUCUACACAUUCAGUUGUUUCUAUUUUUUAUCACAAAUGACUAAAAAAGAAACAUUCUUACAUCAUUCUUUCAUUUCCGUUGGGUAGAUUACCACCCAUGUACAGUGUAAGUAUGUUUUGAUGUUACAUUGAUUUUUUUAAUUAAAAAAUUUAGGGGGCACCUGGGUGGCUCAGUGGGUUAAAGCCUCUGCCUUCAG